UAACAUUCCAGAAGUUAGUAAAUAAAAAAAAAUCAUCAAAAACACAAAAAAUGGCAAGGUUGGAAUUACUACAAACCUUAACAGGUCAUCGAGGACGAGUUUGGGGAGCUUCAUGGCAUCCAACAAAGCCAAAUGUGCUCGCGACAUGCGGCGAAGACAAAACAAUCCGCAUUUGGGGCGAAGAAGGGAAACGUUUCGUCGCUAAAACAAUCCUUGCCAACUCUCAUAAUCGCACAAUUCGGAAUGUCGCGUGGAGUCCUUGCGGCACAUAUUUAGCUUCAGCGAGUUUUGACGCCACAACUUCCAUUUGGGACAAGAAAUCGGGCGAAUUUGAGUGUUCUGCGACGUUAGAAGGGCACGAAAACGAAGUAAAAUCUGUCGCAUGGAGCAAAUCUGGAUCAUUUCUGGCAACUUGUAGUCGCGACAAAUCCGUUUGGGUUUGGGAAGUCACGGGAGAAGAUGAAUACGAGUGCGCCGCUGUGCUAAACUCCCAUUCGCAAGACGUAAAACGCGUCAAAUGGCAUCCAACACAAGAUAUUCUCGCGUCAUGCAGUUACGACAACACCAUUAAACUCUACAAAGAAGACGUUUCGGACAACGAUUGGGUCGUUUUUGCUACUUUGACGUCUCACACAUCCACAGUUUGGAGCAUUGACUUUGAUGCGACGGGAAAACGGCUCGUUUCGUGCAGCGACGACAAAACCCUGAAAAUUUGGAAGGAAUAUUUGCCGAAUAAUGCGGAGGGAAUUGCAACGCCUGACAACGAGCCUGUAUGGAAAUGCGUUUGCACGUUGUCCGGAUUUCACAAUCGGGCGAUUUACGACGUUGCGUGGAACAAAGAGAACGGAUUGAUUGCGACGUCGUCGGGAGAUGACAUGAUUCGCGUUUUUAAGGAAACAACAGAGUCGACGAACGAAAAUCCGAGCUUUGAUUUGGUUACGAGACAAACAGCACAUUCGCAGGAUGUCAAUACGGUGCAAUGGAGUCCCUUUGAGGCGAAAACUUUGGUGACGACGAGUGACGAUGGCGAUGUCAAGUUAUGGAAAUAUGUUGAGGAAUGUGAUUGAACAAUAAAUUUACUGUUCUUAUUUUUUUUUUUUGUUAUAAAAUGAAUAAAAUGUGCUUCUUAAAUGUAAAUUAAGCUUCGUUAAGAGGAAAAAAAAAAUUGAAAAUUAAAUUUUCGUU